AUGGCGGCGGCGCGGCGGCUGUGCGCGGCGGCGGGGCUGGGCGGGCGGAUCUGUCAUGUGCUGUUAAAAUAUCGUAAUCUGACAACUCGACAGCCUUUCCACCAGCUUCUGCAAAAGAAACCAUCUAUUCCAGCUGCAGCAUGGCAUCGUGCAGUAAGAGGCAUGUUUAUUCAAACUCAGGACACACCAAAUCCAAAUAGCUUGAAGUUUAUUCCUGGAAGGGAAGUGCUGGAGUCCAGGACUAUGGAGUUUUCCACACCAGCUGCAGCCUACUGCUCACCUUUAGCAAGACAGUUAUUCCGGAUUGAAGGAGUUAAAAGUGUUUUCUUUGGGCCAGACUUCAUCACAAUCACCAAGGAGAGUGAAGACCUAGACUGGAACUUGCUGAAACCAGAUAUUUAUGCAACCAUAAUGGAUUUCUUUGCCUCUGGCUUACCUGUAGUUACUGACGAGGCACCUAGGACAGAUACAGCUGCUUCAGAAGAAGAUGAUGAAGUUGUACUGAUGAUUAAGGAACUGCUGGAUACAAGAAUCAGGCCCACAGUUCAAGAAGAUGGUGGUGAUGUUAUUUACAAAGGCUUUGAGGAUGGGAUUGUGCAGCUGAAGCUGCAGGGGUCAUGCACCAGCUGCCCCAGCUCCAUCAUCACCCUCAAGAACGGGAUACAGAACAUGCUCCAGUUCUACAUCCCUGAGGUGGAAGGCGUUGAGCAGGUUGUUGACGAUGAUGAUGACGUGGAGACAGAAGCAAAUUCUACUUGAGCUUCGUCAUCUGUGGCCAAAUAAACAUUUACCUCCUGGUGUAUGUAAACCAUCUUUGUGCUGAGGAACAACCAAAUCUGCCGUCAGAAAAAUAGCUGUACUUACUGUGAGAAUGUACUGUCAGUUCAAGCAGUUAAUCCUCUAAUUUAUUAAAUGCCCUCUACUACAAAAAAA